UUUAUUUGGAAUAUGAUAAAACAUUAAAAACGUCAAGUAGCGUUAAAUAUUAGUGUAAGACUUAUGUAACUUGUUGAAAUGUUACUUUGGACUUGUAGAAUAUGAAAUAAGAUCAAAUAUAUCCUGCCACAGUUAUUGCCAGCCAAUGCCAGGAUAUAUUUGAUUCUUUUGUUACCCUAUGCUUAAUUAAUUUAUCAAAACAUACGACGUUGUCCGAUAAUGGAUGCCUCCUACCAGCUUUCCCAAGCGCCAAUGACGUCCGUGACGCAAAAGUCUGUCACGCGCUUGCAGAACUGGCGGUUAGAAACCGUUAGAGGCUAGCGUUGGAGCAGUUCAGGAUGGACAAAGAUCGAGGUUUUAGGUUCAAACUUUUGGUGCCUCCCAGAGUAAGCCACGGCCAUAUAAAUGCUGUCCGACCUCAAGGAACAGUAGGGAACCAUCUUCUAAAUUCAGAGCAGCAGGUAGCCUCUUCAUUAAAACAGGAUAAUUCCAGCUCUGGUGAGCUUUAUUCCAAUCUCUUUGAUGAAGUAGAGAAAAUACAGUCCUGGAAGGUCAAAGUUGAAAAUGACACUGCAGAGAAAGAGAGAAGACUGCAGGAUAACAAAAGAACGAUUGAAACCCAACGAAAAGCCAUUCAGGAUCUGCAGUUUAGCAAUGAAAGUUUGAGCAUAAAGCUAGAGGAACAAAUUUCUGAAAAUGAGGACCUAAGAAGCAAGAACAAUACAACAAGGAACUUGUGCAAUAUACUUAAGGAAACUUUUCAAAGAUCUUCUGAGAAAAUGCAUUUAUUUGAAUCUGAAAGGGAAGAAACACAUCACCUCUUCAUGGAAAAUAGUGGGAGCAUUAAGAAACUACUUUCAGCAUUUGAAUCCCUUCGUAUUCGAGUAGAAGCCGACCAACAAGAGAUGCAGAAAGUGAAAAAAGACUUGUUGCAGUUUGAAGAUCUGAAAGAGAAAUAUCAUCAGCAAUAUAUAAUGAAAGAUAAAGAGAAUGAAAUGGUUCAGAAAAAACUUGAGAACAAGGAAAAUGAGCUCCAGAAAGCCCUGCUAAACCUUAAUGAAACUCAGAAAUACUGCAAACGACUCCAAGACUCAACAAAGCAACAAUUUGAACUUCUCCAAAGCUUGAAAACUGAAAAGGAAUCUCUUCUUCAAAACCUGAAAAGUGCUGAACAAUCCUGUGAAGAAUUUAAGAAAAAGGAGGAAAACACUGCUGCAGCCCUGGAAAAAAGUAAAAAUGAGUAUAAAGAGAUCAUCCAAGACAAAGACCUGAACAUACAGGAACUCAACAGAGUAAAAACUGAACAAGCAGAAAAACUGGAGAAGAUUGAAACAACAAUCAAGGAUUUAAAAAAUUCCCAGGCUCUGGAGAUACAAAGGGUCAAAGAUCUGGAGGAUAAACUAAUGAAAAAGAGCAGUGAGCUUGAAAGGAACGAAAAACUUUUAGGAGAGACGAUGGAAGAAGUAACAAAGAAAGAAUAUCUGAUCAAAGCCCUUGAAAAGGAACUUGGGAUAGAAUUAAAAUCCACUGAGAGCUUGAAGUUCAAGAUUGAUACUUUGGAAGCCAGAGUGAAUGAACUUAUUUCUGAGCUAUCAAGGAAAACAGAGGAAAUUCAGAUGCUAAGGAAUGAAAAAGAGGUGGCAUUAAAUGAAAAUAGUCAUCUUAAAGAGAUCAAAGUGAAGGAACUUGAAGGGCAGUUGUCUCUUGAGAUCAAGAAAAAUAAAGAAUGCACCUUUCAGAUGGAGCAGCUAAAGGAAGACAUCUUGCAACAUGAAGUGAAAUAUGAGGCGCUGCUGUCUAGUUUUGAUAAGCUGCAGUCUGAAAACAUGGCCAUUCAACAAGAGUUUGAAGAUGGACUUUCCAGAGUAAAAGAGUCUAAGGAAAACAUGAAGGUAAGCGAGGAGAACAUAGUAAACCUCAAAAGAAAAGCUCAAAAACUGGAAGAAGAAAACAAGUGUUUAAGGGAUGAAAUAAGCACGAUCAAAAAGAGAGUCAGUGGGACAUGCCAAGACACGUAUACUAUGCAAAAGAAUGCUGAGGAAAUUUGGGAACAUCUGCAAGAAGAGAUUGCAGUAAAGGAGAAACAGAUAAAAGCUGUGGAAGCAAAUCUUCAGAAUCUCAGGAAGACAUUUGAAAAGAAAUUUAAAGUGCAGGAAAAGUUCAAGAACGAAAAUAAAAUUCUUAAGAAACAAAUUGCAAAAGAAACUGCUAAAUCUACUCAACUAGAAAAGACGAUUGACAAGCUUCAAAGGGAGUCCAAGGACUACAAGACAAUGAAAGAGGAAGAUUAUCAGAAAAUGCUUAAGGAUCUUGAAUCAAAAUCAGUUUUAACAGCAGAGCUUGAAAAUGAGGUACAUAAGCUCAAAUUAACAACAGCAGAAGCCAUUAAGAACAAAGAAGAUGCAGAGCUCAAGUGCCAGCAUAAGAUUGCAGAUAUGGUAGCACUGAUGGAAAAACACAAGAGCCAGUAUGACCGCAUGGUUGAAGAGAAGGACAUGGAGCUUCAUAAGAACAAGAAGAAAGAGACAGAGGCAGUUGCUCGUGCAGAAUCACUGGAGUUGGACUUGUCAAAACAGAAAAUAGAAAAUAUCCAACUAAAGAAACAGUUGAAGACAAAAGACACAGAAAAGGCACUUCUACAAAAAGAAGUAACUGAUUUGAAGAAAGAAACUUCUACUGCAAAGUCCAUGCAAUUGUCACAAGCAAACAACAAGCAGUCAAUUACACUUGAUUCUGAGAAAGAGAUAGAUCUUCAAACUCCAGUGGAAGGCUCAAUAAAGAGAUACAUUUUUGACCUUAGCAAGAUCAAGAAAACCCCCUCCAACAAGAGUCCUGCAGUUCUUAGGAAAGCUGUAUCAGCCUCCAAAACACCCAGGACACCAAAUGGAACAACAGCAAAGACAAAGACUGUUUUCAAAGAAGAUACUGAGACUUCAGGAAGUAAUAAAAAUAGGAUUGGUGGAAUAUCAAAGAUGAAAUCAUACAGAAUAAGAACACCCCCUUCUAAUGAAAAUGCAGGACAGUGGGGAAAGAACACUUUUGAACUUGACUCAAAGUCUGACAGCUCUGAUCAAAUUGAUUUGUUUACCUGUACAUAUGAACCGGCACCAAGUGAUUCUGUUCUGCAGCACAAACGUAACAUUUUCAAAAAGAUUCAGAGCCCCAUUGCUCUUAAAUCACCUGGAAGUAACUUGAAGCUGGCUGCAAUAAAAAGAAUGAGAGAUGCUGGUUGGACUGCAGUGACCAACUGCGACAAGAAAAAGAAGAAGACUAGUGAUAAAAUAUUUGCAUAAGUCAUCCCAAUAGAGAACAGAUAAAUAGAACAUUUUAGACAGGUAUUGUGU